AUGAAGUCCAUCUUUAGUGGUUUCCAAUAUGACUCCAGCUCAGAUGAGGAGCUUCACACUCCACCGUCCUCGUUGCCUCCGCCCACUCCACUUGCUCCGAUUGAUCCCGCGACUGCCAUGGUGGUCUACCAGCCUCAGGAGGAGUCUGUGACUGCAUCACCGACUCGGGUGGAUCGAGUUCCCUCGCCUUCUCACGGGAACCAAGAAACCUGCGACUCUUCGUCUUCUCCGCCGAGAGAGGUGACUUCUCGAUUUCCGGUGGUCGAUCUCACUGGUGAUGUUCCUGUUCCCACAGUGUCGAAUCAGGGGAUCUCGUCUCGUCUGCGUAAAAGACAAUCAGCUGUGGAUACGGAUGGUCGUGAAUCCAAGCGUUUGAUGCUGCGGUUGCUUGUGUGGCAAGAUUCAGUCAAAAAGGGGGAGAUUGGGACAAAAUUUCACACGAGAAUAGAUGAAGCUUUGUCUAAAUGGCUUAUGGAUAUUACUAGUGAUGAAAAGAUCGAUGAUGGUGACGCGGAUAUUGAUAUCCCUACAGAGGUGUCGAAUAUUGACUGCCCUGAUUUUAUGAAAACAAUAGUGAAGGAAGUUUAUGGAGAAUCUUUUGCUUCAGCGUCCUCCUAUGGUCCUAGGUAUUGUCGCGACAAGGUCAUUUUGUGUCAUACUGAUGACGAGGUCGAUCAGAUUAAUGACUAUAUGCUUUCACUUUUACCAGGUGAAGAGAAACUAUGUUACAGCGAUGACUGCAUUGCUCCUCCGAGAGAUGAACAUAAAUCAAGGAACCCAAUUGAUUACAUAUUAUUACCUCCGUCAAUGUUUGCUUACUGCGAAGUCCCUGGGGUGCCUCAGCAGGUUCUGAGACUAAAGGUUGGUGCUCCCGUCAUGUUACUUACGGACAUUGAUCCUAGCCGUGGGUUAUCUACUGGGACAAGACUUCAAAUUACUAUGGUGGGUGAUUCUUUGCUUACUGCUAAAUUUGCAACACCUAGUGAUUAUUACGGGGAAUUCGUGAUCCCUAAGACGCAUAUGUUCGCUGCGGAAGGUUUUCCUGCCUCAUUGCGGCGUACACAGUAUCCUCUCACGCUUGCAUUCGCCAUGACUAUAGAUAAGAGUCGAGGCCAAACAUUUUCCAAAGUUGGUCUAUAUCUACCAAGCCGACAGCUCCGUGAUGGACACAGGUAUCUUGCCAUAUCCAAAGUGAAGGCCACAACUGGUGUUACCCAAGUUCUUUUCACUAAGAAAGACGACAAACCCCAAGAAGACGCUGAGAAUGUUGUCUUCAUGAAGUUGUUUCGUGGCCUUUAG